AUGUUUAUGCUAAUAUUCGUGAAAUAUGAUGGAUGGGACAUGAAGAAGAUGACUGUAGAUGUGUCUGAGAUGAGGAGAGCAGCUGCGUCUGUUCCUCUGCUGCAGCGGCCCAUCCCCCAGGGCCAGGAUGAGCUUUGGGAGGGGGUGAUGGGGGUUGCCUGGGCCGACCAGUUAACAGAGGAGCAGAUUGCAGAGUUCAAGGAGGCUUUCUCCUUAUUCGACAAGGAUGGUGACGGCACCAUCACGACCAAAGAGCUGGGCACAGUGAUGCGGUCGCUGGGUCAGAACCCCACGGAGGCAGAGCUGCAGGACAUGAUCAAUGAGGUGGACGCUGAUGCUGCGUCUGUUCCUCUGCUGCAGCGGCCCAUCCCCCAGGGCCAGGAUGAGCUUUGGGAGGGGGUGAUGGGGGUUGCCUGGGCCGACCAGUUAACAGAGGAGCAGAUUGCAGAGUUCAAGGAGGCUUUCUCCUUAUUCGACAAGGAUGGUGACGGCACCAUCACGACCAAAGAGCUGGGCACAGUGAUGCGGUCGCUGGGUCAGAACCCCACGGAGGCAGAGCUGCAGGACAUGAUCAAUGAGGUGGACGCUGAUGGAAAUGGAACCAUAGAUUUCCCAGAGUUCUUGACGAUGAUGGCCAGGAAAAUGAAGGACACAGACAGCGAGGAAGAGAUUCGCGAGGCUUUUCGGGUAUUUGACAAGGAUGGUAAUGGCUACAUCAGUGCUGCAGAGUUGCGUCACGUCAUGACAAACCUCGGCGAGAAGCUGACAGAUGAAGAGGUUGAUGAGAUGAUCAGAGAAGCCGACAUAGAUGGUGAUGGUCAGGUGAACUAUGAAGAAUUUGUACAGAUGAUGACCGCAAAGUGAAACCGCCUCCUCCUGCCGUGCCCUCUUAGAAGAGAAGAAAAAAUCAGUCAAAUGUUUUACUUACCUCUUGGAAAAAAAAAAAGUUUAUUUAUUCAUAAUGUUUCUGGUUAAAAAUAAUUGAAUGUUAAAAUAAAGUAUCCUUCUGUCCACACAGAAAAUAAUGGAAAAAGUUAAAUAUCUGCAUGAAAUGGUUAGUGAUCCUGUCCCCAAAGAUCAGUCUAGCAUCAGUUAUUCGAGAAAAAUAACCUGUAACUACCUUCAAACUGAAGAAAAACAGCAUUUGGUGAACUCCUUAAGUUCCAUCUGCUCUUGAUAAAGUUUGGGCUGGCCAUCCUCCUUUUGUUCUCUCGUUUUUUCUGUUCUUCAUGCAUGCAGCUUGAGCACGGAGCUCAUUCUCCAGCCAAUCAGAGCGUGCUGAGUCCACUGAAGUGUUGUAUUGCGGGGUUUUGUAAUUUAAGAGGAACCGCAAGUAGAAAGAAAGAAAUG